AUCAUUAAACCCGAAUACUUGCUCUAACCGAUUGGAGUUAAGUGAAGUCUCUGAUCAUUUACUCAAAACCAUAUGAAUAAAACGAAACUUUGCUCAAAGUAAGAUCGAAUUUCGAACUGUGCUUUUACUCUGUCAAAAAUGUUGCUUGUGUUUUGGCUAUCCGAUUGCUGCGAAGAAGAAAUCCAGCGGUGCAAACAGUUCACUUCCGACUGAUGAUGGAAUCACACAUCUCGGCGGAACUCAAAUAUCAACAUCACGACUGCCGUGCCGUGGUUGCGUCAGGAACGGCAUGCAAAUUAAACCAUUUGUGUAGCUUGCAAGAAGCAUAAUCGGUACGUGUAAGCUGAGCAUGUUGACGGAAUCCACAUAAUAAUGAUUGGUUCUGGAUGUAGCCUUUCUCAACCAGCAGUGUUUUUCGAUGUGGCAGAUGUCCUCAGCGAUAAUUGCAGCAUAAGCGGUGUGGUGACUGUUAAUUGCUGUUUCCGAGCGACAUGCUAGCUUUCUCAUUCCCCAACAGACCACGGUGGAAGGAUCGAACAGAUGUGUGAACAGAGCCGAUUAAUGUUGUGAAAACUUUAUUCCUCACCAGUUCGGUAUGUUUGUGAUAACAUUGUUAUGCUGUAUGCAAUCAUCUUCGCAUCGUAUGUGAUCAAGUUGAGCAUUCCGCACAUUAGCUCAUUAUUCUUCACGCCGGCAAGCAUAGCAUUAGUAGAUAAUAUGGAUUUUCCGAAAGAAAUGCACAACGGAAUGAUACAGGUCGUACUCUUGGUCUGGUUUUUGUGCCUGAGAGUAGCUUUUCGAUGAAUUGUGUUCACCGCCCUCCACAACUUAGCAUUAGCACCAUACCAAAGCCCAAUCUUCGAGAACUCAAUAAAUGCAACAUGGAAAAUAUAAUAAUCAUGCGUAUUUGAGAGUAUGUCUUCAAAAAUUAAAGUGAUACUGCUCAGCGUUGCAUCGUGACUCCCUGAAGAAACCAAAGAUGAAAAACGAUCCUUACCAUAGGCAUGCUGACACGUUGCGAUUAUACGAUGCUGAUUGAGUUUAAAUGAAGCGCCUCAAACACACCAACACAACACCAUCGCCAUCAUCAUCAGUCCAUAGUGGAAAUGAAGCUGAUGCUGUCAGCUCGAUUUAUGUCACCAUCAGAUUGCAUGAAAAGUUUGCUUGCUGCCAGCAAAUUGUGAGCGUGCCUAUCAGCAGCUGGUGUGAAAAUUUACACCAAUUUUUCCAUAAAUUUGCGGGCGUUUUGCACUUGCAAAAGUGAUAACGAGCACCGGCUCCCGAAGCAUGAGCGAUCGACUGGUGGUGCCGACCGUUAGGCGCAGCCGAAAAAUGGUCGGAGGCCGCAAGAUGUCCGACAUGGAAACCAUCCGGCUGGUGGAACUGUACCGGGAGCACGAACUGCUGUGGAACACCAACCAUCCGGACUACACGCUGCGGGCCAGACGGUGCGAAAGCUACCGGGCGCUCAUGGAGGAGAUGGACAUGGACUCGGUGGACGAGGUGAAGAAGAAAAUCAAAAGCCUCCGGGACACGUACACGGCGGAACGCAAUCGGAACAUCAAAUCCGGCGGCCAGUACCAAAUCAAGCUGGUUUGGUAUGAUCUGUUGGACCAGUUCCUUUCGCCGGUGGCUCAGCACUCGGUGGUUAAGAAGGAAGUGAUGGAAGAAGAUCAAUUCCCGGAACAACCGGAGCUCGAAGAAGAGCUUACUCAUCCCAUGCAAGAAGCCCUGCCCCCGACACCAGAACCCAGAAUGCCAAGGCCGAUCCUGUACAAGGUUGCAGCAGCAGCAGCAGCCAGGCCAAAAGCACCGAAAAGGAUCCGGACGCGGGGAAUAUUUGAACCACCCCAACGUCCAACGAACCCGCACGACGUCACCGACGAGUUCCACUACUUUGGGCUGAGCGUUGCGAGCCAGCUGCGGAGCAUGUCCCGGAUGGAGGCUUUCAUCCUCCAGCACAAAAUACAGAAUCUCAUCUCGCUGGACCGAAUCGAAGCGGAGAAACGGAAGAUGAUGGGCACGUGAAAUGCGAUGGUAAAUCCAAACGUAGCAGUAUUAUAAGUCAAAUAAAAAUAGUUUGAAUUUUA